AUGAAGCAACCGAUGGUUGUCUCGGCCUCGGCAGGCCCUUCGCGUGUCCAGCCAUCCACCUCGCUGCUCAAAGCCGGUCUCAAGAACACCCAUCCUGGCCUUGGCGGCCUUCCAGGCGGAGUCGUCGGCCCCGAAGCAGCCGGUCUCGAUCCAUCCGGUCCCGAGCACUUCUUCGUCACGCUUGCCGCCUACGCUGACGCACUCGAUGCUCUCCCUCUCGACCUCACCCGCAGCUUCUCCGACCUCCGCGAACUCGAUGCUGUCCUCGGCUCGCAUCUCAACAGCCUCACUGCGCGUCUCAACCACCUCACCGCCCUGAUCGAAGACCCUUCGAUCGAUCAAGGCCAGCGUCUGCUCGCACUCAAAGAGGUGGCCGAAGAGGCGCGCGCCUACAAAAUGGGCGGCGAGGACAAGAUCCGCGUCGCCCUCAACACCGCCGAGACUAUUAUCAGCCACACCGACUACAUUGAUGCGUUGGACAGCCAGUUGGACCGCUUCGCCGAGAUCUCGACUCUGCUCAACCCGACUAAGCACCUCAAGCUCGACCAGUACUACGUGCCGGGUGCGCUCAAGGAUCGCAAGCUCGUCACCUCGCUCGAUGGACCCCUGGGUGCAGCGAGCGGGUCCGGUGCGGGCGACAUCAACGGUACCGGCGGGUCGAAGAAGAAGAAGGUCGCUGCGCACGUUGCUGCUGCCAGCGCGGCGGGCAAGAGCCACAAAGCUGCCGACACCGCUUCCCUCACUGGCGCCGCGGCUGGCGCGAGCGGAUCGUCGAACAGCAAGAAGCGCAAAGCCAUCUCUGGCGCCGCCGUCGCCGGCUCUUCGGCAGGUGGCAGCUCGAAAGUCGCCAAGACCUCCGCAGCGGGCAAGGGGGACGAAGACGUCAAGGUGGCCGCCAACGGCUCCGGCUCGCACAAGAAGAAGACGGACAGCAGCUCGCACGCCUCCGGUGGGUCCAAGGCAAGCGCGUCGAACAGCAACACGCGUCUUCCGCGCGCGGCGCACGCGCACAUCGGCUACACGGAGGACGACGAGGAUGCCCGAGCGGCCGCGUCUCGCCGUGGAGCGGAUGGGGAGGAGGCUGCGGCGAGUCGCAGUCGCAACAGCCGUUCGGUGCGAACCGCCGCGGCGCACCGCAGUGACGACGAGGACGAGGACAUGGAUGACCCUGACGUCGAAGAUGACGAUGAGGAAGACACCACCGCUCGCGCCAAGAAUCGUGGUCGAACCGGUGGUCGCGCUGCAGCAACCUCCUCACGCGCCCGUGGUGCCGCCGCCGCUUCCCCACAUAUCGGCUCCGCCUCGGCCAGCCGCGCCGACAGCCCCGCUUCCAACGCCGGUGGCGCAGGCGACGACGCCGACGAAGCAAGAUACUGCUUCUGCAACAACGUGUCCUACGGCGACAUGAUCGGAUGCGACGACGACGAUUGCGAGCGCGAAUGGUUCCAUCUGGGUUGUGUGGGGUUGACCAAGCCACCUCAGGGCACGUGGUACUGCGAGGCGUGUCUCGAGCGCCGAGCUGCCAAUGGAAGAGGUGGCAAGGCGAAGAAGGGCAAGAGCUCGGGUGGGAGCAAGAGCAAGGUCCGUCGUUAG